AUGACCAAGCUCACAAACAAGCUUUCUCCCUAUGAUAAAAGUGGUGUACCAGAGGAGGAAGACUGGCAACAGCCAUCUGAAUGCCUGCAGAAGCCUGUUAUGUCCCGUACCAGUUCAACAAGAUACAUUGAGCAAGGAACCCAGAGGAGCUUAGUGUCAGUGUGCCAGUGUUACAUCAGCAAUGAGAACAGCAAAGUUCAGAAAAUGGUCCAAAAAGGAAAUCAAGUGCUGCUGUGCACAUUCGUUUUCUGAAAGCACUCCAAAGCAGCAGCUGAAAGAAAACAUUAGGAGAGAAGGAGCUUUGAAAGUGCAAAUAAGAGCAGGUUUAACUUCCUGAACAGUCACAAUAUACCAAACAGUGCUGGGUAGAUGGUAAGUCUCAAAAUGAACAAGUUGGGAAAGGGUUCUGGAUUCAGGAGAAAUACCUUAGUUAGGUCUUGGCAACCAGCAACCACACCCCUGGGGCAACCAGCCCCAGCUCCAUCUGUGUCUCACAGCACCCAACCAAACAGACCUGCCACCACACAACCGGCUACUCAGGCCUGGGCAGAUGAGCAGGCAGCACUGCAGCCAGACCAGGUCCAACAGGAUAAGAUCUGGAGAGAAUGUGUUGAGGCUGAGCAGAGAGGAAGGCAAAUCUGGUACCAGAACUGGAGUUUCCUUAAGUACUACGACCAAACAGGUAAGAGAAAGGAGAUGAAGCCACUGCCAAACUAUAUGCCUGUGUUUGCAAGCAAAGUUCCCACCGUGACCAACCAAACAAUCAUCAGUCAAAUGAAUGCUGAGCUUGACAGGGCUCUGGUUAUGGAUUAUUUCUUCGGCAGUGGAGCACGAAAGGAGAAACUUGAGGGUGAGCUCAAACUUUCCUAG